AUGCCAAAGAACAGAGAUGGUGAUACCGUCGAAGUACCUCCAAAAGAUGAAGAGGAAAUCAUUUUGGAGAAAAUGGUGUUUGGAGACCUUGCCGGGUUAGAAAAUAACUUGAGGAAAGUGGACAACUUGUUUGAUUUCGAUGAUGAAGAGGAAGUAGUUGAGGAGAUUGAUGAGGAAGCGAGUGACAGCGACAAUUUGGACGAUGUGCAAGAUGAGGAUUUGUUCUACAUUGAUGAAGGAGUGCAAGACGGUGAGGACGCCAGCGAUCGUAUGGAUGAAGAUGCCAGCUCAGAAAGUGAUGAUGACUACUCCGAAGAAGAAUUGGGUGAUCAAGAUGAUGCCUGGGUUGAUAGUGACGAUGAGAGACUAAAUGUAUCUCUCACUUCGUCUGAUCGUUUGAAAAAAUUGAGAAAGACUCCAGAAGAUGAUCUUAUAAAUGGGAAGACAUACAUGUUUAGGCUACGAUCGCAAUUUGAAAAAAUAUAUCCCCGUCCAGCGUGGGCUGACCAGCAAGGUCAAGAACAGGAAGCGAACAGCUCUGAUGAUGAUAUAAUAAUUGAUGACAAUGAUGAUGAUGAUGAGGAGGAGGAUGAGGAUGCAGAAGGUAGCAAUAACCAACAAAGUGGAAAAGAAACAGCUGCCUUGUCAAAACUAUUAUCAUCAACCCAUCGAUUUGUCAUUACAAAGCAGUUGAAAUUGAUAUCGCCAUCACGUAUCUCCGUAACGAGAUUGAAGGAUGCUAAUUAUCAGAAAUUGUCAAAAGGUGCGAUCCAGGCCAUUUCAUUCCACCCUACACAUCCGAUCCUACUCACAGCAGGAUUUGACAAAACGAUAAGACUCUACCAAAUUGACGGCAAAACCAACAACUUUAUCACAUCCUACUUUUUGAAAAACUGCCCCAUUAUGCAGUCGCAGUUUUUGCCACAAGCAAAUUGCAAUAUAGUAUACGCCGCCGGAAGAAGAAAGUACAUGAACAAGAUCAAUUUGAAUACGGGCGAAGUUGAGAAAAUCAGCCGUAUGUAUGGACAUGAACAAGUGCAAAAAUCAUUUGAAAGUUUCAAGAUUAGUCCCGCGGGCUCGUUUAUUGGAUUGAUUGGGAAUUCUGGAUGGUUCAAUUUGGUGAAUGGAACUACUGGACAAUGGAUCAAGGGGUUCAAAGUUGAAGGAACUGUGGUGGACUUUGACUUUGCAUUUGAUGAAUCGUUUGUUGUUGUUGUCAAUUCAGCGGGUGAAGUAUGGGAAUUUGAAUUGAAGGGAAAGUUGUCAUCCAAAUCGGAGACAAAAAUUUUUCGCAAGUGGUCCGAUGACGGGGGUAUAGGAAUAACCAAGAUCAAAUUGGGUGGAAGAAAUAGUAGUAGAUGGCUCGCCAUCGGUUCUAAUACUGGUGUUGUUAAUCUUUACGACCGACAAAAUCUCAAUGCCACCACACUGCCAAAACCGUUCAAGACGGUGGAGAAUUUAGUUACAUCAGUUUCAUCACUUGUGUUCAACCCAGAUGGACAGCUUUUAGCUAUUGCUUCAAGAGGGAAAAGAGACGCAUUCAAGUUGGUGCAUUUACCCUCGGGUUCUGUAUAUAACAAUUGGCCCACCAGUGGUACCCCCUUGGGCAAAGUCACUAGUGUUGUAUUUUCCCCCAAUAAUGAGAUCUUGGCUGUUGGUAACGAAGCAGGAAAAGUGACUCUUUGGAGGUUGAAUCAUUAUUAA